AUUAAUAUUACUUUAAAUUUUUUAUAUAUUUUUUUAAGUUUUUUUAUUAAGAAUUUUAAUUAUAAUAAUUUAAAAAUCUUGUUGAGCAAUUCAAAAAGCAUAAAAGCAACAUAAAUGGCAGCUGAAAAUCACUGUGAAAAUAACAAUUUAAGUGAAUUAUAUGAGAAUCUAAUUGUGAUAGACUGCGGUGCUAACUUAACAAAUAAAAAGUUCUUCAAAGAUUUAGAUCAAGUCAUUCAUAGAGCUCAGGAUUCGGGUGUCCGAAAAAUUUUAGUUCAUGGAAGUAACAUAAAAAAUUGUAAAGAGGCAUUGCGCCUCACAAGAAUCUACCCAGGAAUCAUCUACUCAUCAGCUGGAAUUCAUCCAAUGGACUCAAAAAAUGUUAUAGACGAACCAAGCUGUUGGCACGAAUUUGAGGAAAUUUCUAAACAAUCUGAAGUUGUAGCUAUCGGGCCUUGUGGUUUGGACUAUCAUAAAGAUGUUUCUGAGUGUGAAAUACAAAAGGAGAUUUUUAAGCGUCAAAUCAAGCUUGCGUAUGAUAUUCAAAAGCCUCUUUUAAUUCAUGAACGAUCGGCACAAAAUGACGUUAUGGAAAUAUUAUCGAGUUUUCCGGAAUCAGAAUUGCCGCCGAGAAUCGUGAGAAGUUUUAUGGGAACUACAGACGAAGCUCUAAUAUAUUUGAGGGCUGGAUUUUAUUUAUCGCUCACUGGAUUUUUAUGCAAAGAUAAAUCUGAGAAUUCGGUCAGAAAAUUGUUGGAGGAUAAUUUGAUACCUUUGGAUCACUUAUUGGUCGAAAGUGAUGCUCCAUUUAUGUAUCCGAACACGAGAGCAUCGAAACUUUCUACAGAAGUAAAAUCAUGCUUAACUGAACGCUCAUUAAUGUUUCUACAUCGAUACUGCACAUUUCAAAGAAAUGAGCCAUGCUGCCUACCAGCAUUAGUUGAACUGAUAGCAGCCUUUAUGCAGAAGAAACCAGAGGAUAUUGCACUAAGUACAGCAUUCAAUGCUUUAAAGCUUUUUGGAUUAUCGCAGUAAACAGAUCAACGACGUACGAAUACUUUUAUUAUUAUUUUGUUAACGAUAUUUCUUACGACACUUCGACUAUAAUUUAUAUAUGAAUAUUUUUACGUAUUUUUUUUUACAUGUGAAAUUUUAUAUUAAUUAUUUUUAAUUCCAAUUAAUAUGUUUGUUUUCGCAAAGUCAAUCCGUGCACGGCAUUGAUUAUUGAAUUACCUAAUCUCCGUUUCAGUUUCAAAGUUAUUUUUUUCUUCUUCAUAAUAUAACAUUAUUAAGCGUAUUAAAUAGUACAUUAAUCACUAAACAAUAAGCAAUUUAGACUUAAAUCAAGGAAAUAAGGAAAAAAAAGUUUUUGUUAGAAAGACUGAAUUAUGAAGCUUCAAUAUGAAUUUAAAGGAUGUUAUAUUCGUUCAUACUAUUUAACGUCACAUAGAAAAAAACAUCUCACCAAAAAUAUUAUCCACCUAUGAAAUCUCUCUUACUAUGACCUAUGGAUAUGCGAUUUAUCAUAUUAUUAUUAUUAAUGUAAUUUUUAAGUUUGAUAAUUUUUCUCAUGAAUGAUUGUGUUUAUUAAAUUGAAGGUGCUUCGAAUCGAAUAUUAAAAAGUGAUCAUUUGUUUGAAAGUAAGUGCCAUAUAAUUGGAUAUAAUGCUGUAAAUACCGGUACUAUUAAAAUAAUAAUUUUUGUAAAAGUGCC